ACAUUUCCAGGACAUUUUCAUUGAUGAUCAAGCUGGCAGCCUGUGUGACAGCUGGAGCGCUCUCUGCUACACGCUGCCAGUUCUGGACACAGUGCUGGUGAGGAGGAGCAGCAGAGGGAGAGGAUUUGGACUUCAGAUGCUGGAGGAUUUCUGUUCCUCGUUCUCCACAGAGAAGUUUUUAGGAGUCAGCUCUCCGUUAUCUCCCAGCAUGGUGGCAGUGUGCAGGAGGUUCCUGCUGCAGCACGAGGAACAUCAGGAGCGUCUGUAUGAAGUGGAGGCUCCAGGGGACUGGACUCAACAAAGGAACAUCUGGCUCAACAUCCAGCUCGGCCGCUACUCCCUCAGUACGGACACCAGAAGCUUUUAUUGGUUUGAAAGAGGUCUCAUUGUAAAGGUCACGCUGAAAACAAUACUUCUCUGUGAUCACAGUGUUAUGAGACGUUUAAAGGAGUAGCUCAGUGUUUUUGAAGUGGGGUUGUAUGAGUUUUAGACAUAGACUGUAUAAAUAUGGCUGUA